GAACCUUGCAUUUUCACACCCAAAAAGUAUGAAGAGGAGCUUCCCUAGUGAAAUAGAGAACAAUUUAGCUUUGGCAAAUUGUUUGAUGCUCCUUUCACAAGGAAGAAACGAUUACGAUCAACGAGCCAUCUUCAACAUCAACAACAACAACAACCACCCUAGUAGGGUUUUCGAGUGCAAAACAUGUAACCGGCAGUUCGCUUCGUUCCAAGCUCUAGGAGGCCACCGAGCCAGCCAUAAGAAACCGAAGCUGAUCGGCGGAGAUAAUGACUCGACCGAGAACCGGCGACCGACGAAACCUAAGACGCACAGAUGCUCGAUCUGCGGGCUCGAGUUCACGAUCGGGCAAGCGUUGGGGGGACACAUGAGGAGGCAUAGGAUUGGUUCGAGUGAAAACCGGGACCAACAUGACGAGGCGGUGAUAACACCGAUCCUGAAGAAAUCUAACAGCAGAAGGGUUCUAUGCUUGGAUUUGAACUUGACUCCACUGGAGAAUGAUUGUUUAUUCCAAACUCUUCCCCUCUAA